UGAGCGGACGUCGGACUGCGCAUGGAUCCAUUUUCAAGACCACGUGUAAAAUGUAUACAUAAUAAUAUAUUGUAUGUUAAAAUUAAUACUGCGUGCACGCUGAUUCUAUGUAUUAUAUUGCUUGAAAAAUCAAAUGACACAACAGUAGCAUCAGUAAUAAAUAGUAGCAGUAACAAAAACAUCAGUAAAGUUUUAAUUAAGUUGAACAAAUUACAGCUUGUUAAACAUUAUACAUAACCGGCAAUUCACGUAAGGUGAUCAAUCUGAGAAAAGUGACAAAUUAUCCGUACAAUCGAGAUCAGCUAAAUCCGCAGACGACGAGACUUUGUCGCUUUUAAUGAUUGAGAACGGUAAUAUGGCCAAAGAGAAAUGGAAGUCGGAUUGUGUUAAUAUUCGGUCAAAUGGGAAAAACGAACAGAUAAAAAGAGAAAAUGCCGAACACAGACUUAGCAUAUUGUCUAUAGUCUAUAAUCCAACUGCACAUCCAACAUCUUAUCUAGAUACACUGAUAAAUAUGUUGAAAGGAAACGUUGGGUGUGGAAUUUUAGCUAUGGGAGAUGCAUUUAAAAACGGAGGAUUACUUUUGUCACCGAUUUUAACAUGUAUCAUUGGAAUUAUCUGUGUUUACAAUCAACACGUAUUAGUGCAGUGUUCAAAAAGUGUUAAAGAAAAACUUAAAUUACAACAUAAUCCACAAUUUGCCGAGACAGUAGAAUUAUCUUUUCAAACUGGACCACAGCGAUUUCAAAGUUACUCAGUGUUUUUCCGGAAUAGUGUAAAUAGUUUUAUAGUCAUCACUCAGUUGGGAUUUUGUUGUGUUUAUAUUCUCUUUGUAUCAAAAUCUAUUCAACAGGUGUUGAGUUGGUAUAAUAUACAAUUAGACGUGCACAUCAGUAUAUUAAUAUCAAUGGUUCCUAUAAUGAUUUCAUCGCUUAUCAGAAGUUUAAAAUUCAUUGCACGGUUGUCUGCAAUAGCAAACAUGUGUAUGCUUGUGGGUUUAGUUGUAAUUCUGUACUAUUGUACUAUUGAUCUACCACCAUUAUCUUCAAGAUCCGCUAUUGCUCAUUGGACAACCAUACCUCUAUUUUUUGGUACCAGUAUUUUUUCAUUCGAAGGAAUUAGUUUGGUCUUACCAUUAGAGCAAGAAAUGAAAAAACCAAAACAAUUUUCGUCUCCAUUCGGAGUAUUGAACGUAGGCAUGGUAAUUGUUACGAGUCUUAUAGUUCUUACCGGUUUUAUGGGGUAUUUAAGAUUUGGAGAUUCAGUACGAGGUAGCCUUACUUUGAAUUUACCUGAAGAAUUUUUGUUAUCUAAAGUUGUAAUUUCGAGUAUGAUGUUUGGUAUUAUAUGCACUUAUACAUUGCAAUUCUACGUACCAGUUGAAAUCUUAUGGCCAAAAGUCGAAAAAAAAUUUGGGCCUUUUAGAUCACCUUUACUUUGGGAAACUGGGUUACGUGUAGUACUGGUGCUUAUUACUUUCAUCGCGGCUGACGUUAUACCACAUCUGAGUCUCUUCAUAUCGAUGAUGGGUGCCGUGGCCAGCACGUUCCUGGCGCUGAUAUUCCCGCCGCUAUGCCAUAUGGCGGUCACCAGCGCCAAUGAUGGUGGUAACGGUUACGGCUUGUUCAGCUGGAAAUUGGUGAUGAACUGCACCACGUUGGUGUUGGGCGCGCUCGGGUUCGUUACCGGCACGUACGCGAGCGUCUACGAGAUAUUUGGCGCGUUCCAGAAAGUGGUGGUCACCGCCGCCGCGGUCACCAAUAGCACCACCACUGGCAACUACACUGUACUGGUGGCGCACUGAACGUCCACCUUGCACACCAGCGGCGUCGUGUGAUACAUAACGUUGUCGCUCGCGGACGUUGUCAUCGAAUUUACUCGCACACUCGUGUACCCCUAUCACUAUACGAUCGUUAUACCUCGCGCACACGUAAAUAAUAUUAUAUAAGUAGGUAUAUAAUAUGAUAUAUGGGUCGUGGAUAUUUAAUAUUUUUUAUAAAAUUUAUAAUAUUAUUUAUAUUUUAAAUUGUAAUAGUAAUUCAGGGUCGGCUGUUUUAAGCAAAAUUGUAUUAAACAAGGUUCAUAUACAAAACAAUUUUAUUUAUACGCAUGUUGUGAGACAAAAUUUGAAAAAUACACUUUUUUAAUUGUAAUAAUUGAAAUAUGUACAAUAAAAAAUACAUUUGAUGUGUAUUUAUAGGAGUUAGUUAAAGUUCUUUAAGAACAUAAUUAACCGAAUUUGUAAAAGGACGAUUUUUUUUUUACAUUAUAUGUAUACUUGUAUAUCAUUUACAUUACACUAUAUUUAUAAAAUAUUAAUCGAUUUUAUUAAAUUCCUAAAUUACAAUAUUAUCUAUAAAUUAAUUUGAAUUAAAAACAAACCAUGUUUAAGUCAAAUAAAACAUAAGACAUUACGUUUUUUGACUUUCGAAUAAAAUACCGUUUUUUAUCCAACUCUGAGUAGAAUCGAUAGUCAUUACGUACGGUAUUGAAUAUUACAUGAUCAGAAUUAUAGUACUCAUAAUACUAUUUUAUAAAUUUUUAUGAUGUUGUAUAAGACCAAAAUAGCGUAGAUAUAACGUUAAAUUGUAUAUACGAUAUAUAUUGAAUAUGAUUAGUUAUAAAAUGUUUUUCCUUCCCGUCGCCGCCGCCACUCUGCUCAAAGCAGUACCUAUACAAAGUAUUAUGUAGGUAAAUAUGGUUCCCUUAAUAAUUGCAAUUCUUGAUUUUUCUUCAUUUUACCCUGUUUUUUUAUAAAUAUUUUUUAAGUUAUUACUAUAUUUUGUUAUUGUAUGAUGCUCACGUUUUGUUAGCAACAAAAAUUAUUUUCAAAAAUAACUAUUGUAAUUAUAUAUCAGUUGCAUAAUAUAGUCUAUACACACUCGAAUUAUUCAAAGUUUAAGUUAUACCUAAAAGUUAGUUAUUGCUUAUAGGUAAAUAUUUAUAAAUCAAUUUUACAUAAAUU